AUGGGGCUGUUGACAUGGCCCGAACCUCGUCGCACGACAUUGCAAGCCCCGCUGUCGAGUCGCUGGGGACUUCGGACGCCACCUUCCGCCGCAGCGGCGGUCAUGCGUGUAUUGCCGUACAGCACGGCGGGCCUUGCACAGGCUCUGUCCACGAGCCAUGCACAGCCAUCCCAUCCCAUCUCAUUCUCCGCCGCCAGGUUGUUCAGCGGUGCUCGACGGAAGAGGAGUGGCGGCAGUGGCGGCGGCGGCGGCGGUGCCGCCGCCGCAAGUCCUGCUGCUGCCGCUGCUAGGGGUCCUUCGCGCGCCAGCGCACCGCCGUCUCUGCCGCCGCCGCGCGUCCAACCCCCAUCGACGCGACGCAAAUCAGCGCCGCCGCCGCCGCCGCCGCCACCGCCGUCUCAACCAGUCCCGGCGGAGAUGCUGAUGCCAAAGCAGGCGCAGCCACAGCAGGGCUUGGGGCAGCAGCAACGGCAACCACGGCAGACGCAGCCCCAGAAACCAUCGUGCCCGCCGCAACAAUCUCCGCAGCUGUCUCAGCAGGAACAGCCACAGCAACAACUACAGCCGCAGCCACCAGCGCAGCCGACGCCGACGCCGACGCUGCAUCAGCAAGAUCAGCAAGAGCACAGCGCCGCAGCUGUCGCUGUCGCCGCCGCCACCAACGGCGUGACUCAGCUCGUACAGGUCUCUUCCUCUUUCACUGGGCCUGGUAACCCCACCGGCAGCUGUAGCAGCGGUAGCAGCAGCAGCGACAUCAGCGCCAGCCGUAGCAGCAGCAGCGACAUCAGCAGCAGCGGUAGCAGCAGUAGCGACAUCAGCAGCAGCGGUAGCAGCAGUAGCGACAUCAGCAACAGUAUCAAAAACAGUAGCCCGAGUGACAGCAGUAGCAGUAGUAGCAAAGGGAAUGGGAGCAUGGCAACUGACGACGGCAGCAGCGUUGAUAACACGACUGCCGGUCCCGCCGCUCCGCCGUCCGGGGUCCCGGCGGAGGAGGCGAGUACGGCAGCGUCGACGCCGCCGGCGGAGGCGGCGGACACGCGGUCGCAACACCGGUACGACGGUCUAAAUGACGAGCAGCUGGCGGCGGUUCGUGACCGCUCCGCACCCAUCGUCACCGUGAGCGCCGGGCCCGGCAGCGGGAAAACACGCACACUCAUCGCCCGAGUGACGGAGCUCGUACAGGUGCACGGUGUCCAUCCUCGCAAUAUCGGGCUGGUGACGUUCACGCGCAAGACCGCGGAUGAGCUGAGCAGCCGCCUGCGGGAGGCCCUGGGGGCGGCGGCGGCCGAGGACGUCUUCACGGGCACCUUCCACUCCCUGAGUGCCAAACUGCUGAGGUCGUACUUCCAUUUGGCGGACCGUACAUCGGAUCCGUCCGCGCGGCUGAGCUGGCUUUCUAAGGACUUUCGGAUAUUGGAGGAGCAGGAGCGGGACCGCAUCUUCAUGCAGGCUCUGCGGCAGGAGGAGCAGGAGGAGGGGGAGGGGAGCUGGGGGGGGAGGGGGGAGGGCAGUCGGCAGGCCAGGGCCAAGGCAUUCAAGGAGCUGAUAUCCUUCGUCAAGAACCGCGUGGACACCACACACGGGCUCACGAGGCAGGAGCUGCUGGCCAACAUGCGGCGCCUGGCGCCCUUCAACACGCAGUUGGAUAGCUUGCUGAGGAAUAACUAUUAUCAGUAUCAGCAGCCGCCGCCACCAAACCAGCAGCAGCAGCAGCAACAGCAGCAACAGCAUCGUCACGAAAUUGACGGCGGCGCCGGCGGUGGCAUUAGCAGCAGCAUUAGCAGCAGCGGUAGCAGGGAUGGCCACUUGGGUUCGUUGGAGAAGGAACGUAAGAAGUCCGAUAUAGACCGUUUUUUGACAACCCUGGAGUUGUACGACGAGCGGGUCAAAGUCAGCGGCUGCGUUGACUUUGACGAUUUGGUGGGGCUGGCUGUAGCGUUGCUGCUGCAGGGUCCUGCCAGGAGGGCGGCGUCCAGGGCGUUCAGGCACGUGCUGGUGGAUGAGUUCCAGGACACGAACCUGCCGCAGUACCGCCUGGUCCAGUUGUUGAGGUCCGAGGGCUCGGAGCUGUUUCUGGUGGGGGACGCCAAUCAGUCCAUCUACAUGUGGCGGGGAGCGCUGCCGGAGGGCCGCGGAGCUAUAGCCGGCGGCGGCAGCAGCGGCGGCGGCAGCAGCGGCGGCGGCGGCGGCGGCGGCGGCGGCGGCGGCGGAAUGGUGGUAGCGGCGGCGGAGCCGCCGGAUGAAGAUCUACUCCUGGCGGAAGCUCCCUUGCCGCCGCUGGCGACGACAGCGGCGGCGGCUGGUGGAUUGUACGGCAUCGCGGCGGCGCAGAGGGCGACGGCGGAGGGGGAUGCCUCGUUGCGUGUUCUUGCUGAAGAGGUCGCAACGCCAAGAGGAGGAACCGAUCGUGUUGCUACUGCUCCUGUGGCGGCGGAGGCGGCGACAUCAGGGGCUGGCCCUGGAGCGACGGCCUCCCUCGUCUUGCGCCGCAAUCACCGGUCCUUGCCGCACAUAGUGGAGGUCGCGCAGCGCAUCAUCAACCAGACCCACCUGACAUCACCACCACCACCACAUUCACCAUCACCACUAUCAACAACAAAAGUACAACAGCAACAGCAGCAGCAGCAGCAGCUACAUCCUUUGACUGUGCUAGAGGCGGUGCGCACACCUCGUCCCGGCGCUGCAGUGGCGGUUGUAACGACCGGUAACGGGCGGCAGGAAGCAGCUUGGGUGGCAGCGCAGAUUCGGAAGUUGGUUUCGGGGCCAGGACGAUCUGUACGGCUGCAGGACGUGGCGGUGCUGUACCGUCUAAACCGUCAGAGCUCCCCCUUCUGGGCUUCGGAGCAAGUACGGGACAUUGCGGCGUUUCUCCGCCUUGCAGCGGCGCCCCUGGAGUGCAGUGGGGGCCUGCUGGCCCAGGUGCUCACCCGGCCCAGGAGGGGAAUUGACCCGGGCAGUGCCGUACUCGCCCGGCUAAAGCGCCCCGCCUACCGGGGGACCUCUCCAGGGAGGCUGCUGUUCGGAGACAUGGUGGCGCCCAUAAGGCCCCGGGAAGAAGAACAAGACGGUGGUGGCGGCGGCGGCGGCUCGAAUUCGAAUUCAAAUUCAAAUUCAAAUUCUUGUUGGCCCCCACUGCAGCUGCUCUACCCUGGACAUCCCCCCCUGGACCCAACAACUCAGGAGUUACCGCCGUGGUUGUACGAGCCCGUACGGGACGCCUUGGAACUGCUGAUGCCGCCGCCGCCAGAGCACGCCCUGUGUCCUCGCCCGAACGGAAUGACGGCGCCCGGCGGCGGCGGCGGCGGUGACGGCAGUGGCGGUGACGGCGGCGGCAGUGACGGCAGCAGUGGUGGUGGUGGAGAGGGUCGGUACUGCCCGUUGGGGCCUUCACCGUUCCGCCGCAAGCUGGCGUUCCCGGACCUGGCCCCGCAGGACGACCCCUGGAUGCUCAUUGUGGAUAACGAGGCCUUCCCCAGCCCGCUGGCUCCACCGCCACCCCUGGAGCUCUGCCAAGCGCUGGCGUUACACCCAGGAGAGGCCGAGUACGACGGCAUCGUCUUUUUGCGAGACCUCGUGGUGCUGCUUAAUGUGGCAUCGGCGACCGGGUACGGCGCUGAGGACCUGGUCAACAUGGUGGUUCGUGCCACCGGCUAUCUUACGUGGAUGGAGCUGGAGCACGGGGGCAGGAAGGAUUUGGCCAAGGAGCGCGCCAGCCUGUCUCAGUUUCUCGAGGCUGCGAGUCAAUACGGUUGGGCCCGGGACCAGAUGUUGCUUGCGGCCAAAGCAGCCCGACAAACAGCCGGCGAAGAGCAGGAGGAAGAGGAGGAGGAGGAUGUGGCGGUGGCGACGGAGGGUUGUGGCGGUGCUACCCCCUCCUCCUCCUCCCCCUCCUUCUCCUCCUCGUCUGCCAGCGCCCCGGUAUCCCCCCCGGCUGUGCUGCCGCCGGUGAUGACGGGGCCGGCGGCAGCGGCAGCGGCAGCGGAGGUGGCGGUAGCGGUGCCCCUGCUACAGGAAUUUGCUGGCUGUGUGGGCGACCUGGUGACGGCGGCGGAAGAUGUACGGAAACGCGGGGAGGCCGCAUCCACGGCGGGAGGCAGCGGCGCUCACCGCAACCCCCGCAGGACGUCGUCACCACCCUCCACUGCCCCCUCAUCUCCUUCCUCCGCCUCCGCCGCCGCCUCCUCCGGUGGUGCCGUACAAUUGCUAACCCUCCACGGUUCCAAGGGCUUGGAGUUUCCCGUGGUGUUCGUGACCGGGUGUGAGGACGGGUUACUGCCGUAUAAGUUGUCGGCGGAGGGUGUACGGCGUAUUGAGGAGCUCAGGUUGCUGUUCGUGGGUGUGACUCGAGCCAUGGACCAGCUCUACCUGACCUGGGCUGCACAUAGGGCCCAGAAGCGUAUGAGGAACUCCCACCCACCCUGGAGCCGCACCUCGGAGGCGGAGGGUGGCGGAGGGGAGGGCUGCAGUGGCGUUGUGGCGGCGGCCACUACCACCGUCGGCAGUAGCAGCAGCAGUAGCAGCGGCAGCGGCAGCAGCUCGCCGGAGGUGAAAGGGCACCAUGCGGGUGCGACGCAGUGGCAGCAAUGCAUGUCGCCCUUCGUGCUCAGGUUACUUAAACGGGAGGGGGAUGCUACGCCGCUGUGCCGUUGUGACUGCAGUGGUCACAGUGCGGGCCUUCCUCAACCACCGGGGCCACUGCAGAGAUGCAAAGUUCGGGUGGAUGUCGCAGCAGAGGGUCGGCUAGUGGCGGCAGCUCCUAGCCAUGAGGGCCUUAUCAGCGACUUCGAGGAGGACCGACAUCGGGGAAGCGGUCGGUGGGCUCGGUCGCAGAAGGUUGCAGGCGGCGGCGCGUUGGUGGCGGCGAUGGUGGCGAUCAGAACCUUGCGACUCUGUGAUGAUGGCCUACAGGAGCGGUCACUGGCGGAUUGGGUGACGGCGGCGGCGGCAGCGGCGGCGCUGCUGUCAUCACCGCAUCCGCCGCCGCGACUGGCGGCACUGGCGGCACGUGAUGGGACUCGCAGCUCGCGCUAUAAUUCGUGGCGUCUGUCCCCAUGGCAAGGAAAGCGGAACUGGCUUGCUGGUUUUACACCCACCUCCCUGGCUCUUCUCAUGCUGUAG